AUGAUCGCCAACUAUCUCACCUUGUAUGCGAUCACAGCAUCUGCAAUUAUCUCUGUCGGAAGCGCCCUUACUCAGGUCGAGAAUGUUGCCCAUGUCCCUGAAGGCUGGAUAUCCCAGGGUAAACCCGAACAAACGGAUAGGAUCACCCUUUCCGUUGCCCUUAAGCAGCCCAAGCUCAACGAAUUGAAGUCUCGCCUCAAGGCUAUCAGCAACCCGACUAGCAAGGACUACACAAAACAUCUCUCUCAAGAAUCCGUAGAGGGUUACCGUGCCGCCAGCCGAGAGGAUGUGGAUGCCGUACGUUCGUGGCUUACGGCUCAGGAUAUCGUCGACUUAGAGGUAUCCCGGAGUUGGAUCAAUUUCAAUACGACGGUUGCAAACGGCGAGAAGCUUCUUCACACGGAGUUCAACCAGUACAGCUUUAAUGGCGGGGUUCCGGUUAUUAGAGCCCUCUCAUAUUCGGUUCCAGAGAAAAUCUCCUCAGCCAUCGACUUUGUUCAUCCUGUCACCAACUUCAUGGCCACCUUCCGCCAGCCACUGCGGCUGGAUCCGCUCGCCGAGAAAUCAAAAGCACCUCCCGGUAAAUCAAAGAGCCCCUGCAACGACGGCACUGACCCGAUCUGUAUCAAAUCCCUUUACAAGAUCAAUUAUACAGCCCCCAUCGGGAACUCGCCCGUCAAAUUCGGCAUUGCGGGUUUCCUAGAGGAGUACAUCAACAAGGAAGACACCACGACGUUUAUAAAGCGUUUUGCACCCGAGAUUCUGGAGACGGGCUACGAAUUCAGCGUCGAGCUCAUCAACGGCGGCGAGAACCGGCAAAGCGCGAAUGUCGCCGGCUCGGAAGCUGCACUUGAUGUCCAAUACGCCAUGGCUUUGGGUUAUCCUGCCAACGUUGUGUACUAUUCCACAGGAGGCCGCGGAACAAAACUAGACAAGGAUGGAAAGCCGGAUGACUCUCCAAAGUCAGACAACGAGCCUUACCUAGAGUUUCUGGAGUAUCUUCUCGCCCGACCGGACGACACCUUGCCCCAUGUCAUAUCAAUCUCUUACGCCGAUGAUGAGCUGAGCGUCCCGCAGCCGUACGCCAUCAGGACGUGCGACAUGUUCGCUUCUCUCGCAGCACGAGGCGUAUCUGUCCUUGCCGCUAGCGGAGACGGCGGUGCACGGGGUACGGGAGGUCUGAAGUGCUACAGCAAUGACGGCAAGAUGACCGAGAUGACUUUACCAACCUUUCCAGCUUCAUGUCCGUACGUCACUGCGAUCGGGGCUACCACAAACUCUGGGCCGCCCGUUAAUGGGGCUAAGUUCAGUACUGGUGGCUUCAGCAACUACUUUGAAAGACCGGAAUGGCAAGAUGGUGUGGUGAAGAAGUACACCAAGGCCCUCAAUGGCACUCUUGACGGUCGUUACAAUACCUCCGGUCGUGCUUUUCCCGACAUCAGCGCCAUCGGUUCCGGUUUUGUCAUUCAACGAGCCGGCAAGGAGAGCAGUGUCCUCGGGACCAGUGCCAGUUGUCCUGUCGUUGCGGCCAUGAUAGCUCUGGUCAAUGACGCACGUUUACGGGCUGGAAAGGGUUCAGUUGGCUGGUUGAACCCAACCCUCUACUCCAAAAAGAUGCGCGCCGUACUCCAAGAUGUUGUUGAGGGAGAAAGCCAGUCUUGUGCCUGGAACGGAGACGCGCCUGGGGGAUGGCCUGCGAAGCCCGGUUUCGAUACAAUCACCGGCCUUGGAGUGCCCAAUGAUUUUGAGAAGUUCUUCAAAGUGUUUAUGGACUUGGACUAA